CUUUUUCCAAAAACUUAUUAAAAAAUCAAAAGCAACAUGAACAUAAGACAAGCUACUGUUGAAGACUUGAUUUAUAUUCAAAAUUGUAAUUUACUCGAUCUGCCAGAGAAUUACCAAAUGAAAUAUUACCUUUAUCACGCUUUAUCAUGGCCUCAGUUAUCUUUUGUAGCCGAGGAUGAGAAUGGGAAAGUUGUUGGUUAUGUUUUAGCAAAAAUGGAAGAAGAACCUACAGAUGUUCCUCAUGGUCAUAUUACUUCAUUAUCAGUUAUGCGUACCUAUAGACGUUUAGGUCUCGCACAAAAACUCAUGACACAAGCAACUAGUCAAAUGGCAACAGUUUUCGGUGCUCACUAUGUAUCUUUACAUGUUCGUAAGACAAACCGUGCCGCCAUCGGUCUUUAUAGGGAUACUUUGAAAUUCGAUGUUCAUGAUAUUGAGAAAAAAUACUAUGCUGAUGGAGAAGAUGCAUAUGCCAUGCGCUUGAAUUUAAAAGAAACAAAGCCAGUCCUUCGUGGUAUUGUUGAGGAGGUUAAUAAAGUUGCAGCCCAUUGAAGAUGAGCGAUCGGUCCGUAAAUGCGAUCAAUAAACAAUACAUAGAAAUUAUAGAUAAACUUCAUUUAAAAUUGGUAUCCACAAAUUUUUUUAUAUGUUCUAACAGCUCUCGCUUAAUGGAAUCGCUGACAGUAGCU